CACAACAUAACUAGAUAAAAACAUCCACUGGAGAUUAAAAUAUAUUCCUUAUGGUAUUUAAAUACAGAUAUAAAACAACCAUCACCGCAUUUGCUAUUCACACUGGACAUCAUACUGACAAAGGCUAAGCACUGAAAACUAUGAAGGCUCUUGUGAUUCUUGCAUUGGCUGUUUUUACAGGUUGCCAAGCCAACUUAUCUAAUGAAGAGAAGCCAAAUCCACAUCUGGAUCACUUAAUACAUGCAUUCUGGAACUAUAUUGCCCAAGCAGUACAAACUACUGAUGAACCUUCACAGAUGAUAAGUACAUCUCAGCUGGGACAGGAAGUCAAUGCUAGACUGACCCAGAGUGCCGACAUGGCCAGCGAAUAUGCCGUCACCCUCAAGAAACAGAUGGAUCCUCUGGCUGAAGAGCUGAUGACCAAAAUCACCAAAGAAGCUGAAGUGUUGAGGGAGCGUUUGAGCCAGGACCUGAUCACUGUGAGAGACCAGCUGGAGCCCUAUGCUGACAACCUCAAGAGCCAGAUCCAGCAGAGAGUGGAGGAGCUCAGGACGGCCAUGGCUCCAUAUGCAGAAUCCCUGGAUUCUGAGACCCUGAAGGCCACUCUGCUCCAGAAGAGUGAGGAGCUGAGAGGAAACCUGGAGCAGAGCGUGAAGGAGCUGCAGGCUCAGCUGGAGCCCUACACUGCUGAAAUCAAGGAGAAGGUUGACCAGCAUCUGCAGGAGUUCCAGAAGACCGUGAGCCCUCUGGCUGAGGAUCUUCAGACCCAGAUUAGAGAGAGAGCCCAGAUGGUCCAGCAGAGUCUCACACCCUACGCUGAAGACCUGAAGGAAAAGCUGGACCCCUACGCACAGGACCUGAAGGACCAGCUCACCUCCCUGUACGAAUCCUUCAUUAAGAGAAAUUAGAUGCUUCAAAGACUUCUUCCUGUGUCACUAACAGAACUGUUUUUCCGUCCAUGAGCAUUGUGACUCCAAAUUCCCAUUUAUCUCCAUAACCAACACCUACAUCAUACUGUUGGGCAUCUUUUUGGUGUUAUAUCUUACAGUUGAUAAACCACUAAUAUAUAAGAAAGGUGAUUUUUGGCUAAAAUCCUAUUGUUUACACCAUAACCAUUCAUCUAUACAGAUGCAGAAAUUUUGCUCUCUUUCUGUUGUGUAUUUAUUUCAGUUUAUGACCUCUGACAGAAAAUGUGUUGUUUCUUGGAAAUUUAUAAAUGCCAAGUGCAUCAUUUGUCUUAUUUGUCAACAAUAAAACAUCUGCCAUUUA